GAUACUAACCAACAUGUAGCAUCAAUUAUUACACCAAGAACUAUACACAUGAUAUAAAAACACAAAAUCUUCAAGUUUAUCUUAAAGAAUACAUACAUAUGUUGUGUGUAAACUCAGUUGUAGUUUAUGUUGGGGAUCUGAUAUUUUCACCUUCUAUUUAUUUGUAUUUUUGUUGCUGUUUGAUUCAAAAAAUACCCAACUUUUAGAAUCUUGAUGUGUGUAGAGUUUGGGAUUGUCUCUCAACCUUUGUGCUAAAGAUUAACUCUUUUGAUGUGAAAUUUUGUGGGAGAAAGAUAAAUGUUGAUUUGAUCAAAAGGGUUGUUGUUGUACAUCACAAAAUAAAGAAGACUUUUUUUUUCAUGUGGGGUUGUAUUGAAUGCAGUGUAGUCAGAGGUGGAUAUUAGCUCAUCUUUUCAGGGUUUAUUAGUUUUGGAAUGUGGGUUUUGGUUUUUGUGAAGCAUCUGUAAGAGUUGACUUGAAAAAGUGACAUCUUGGAAGAGGCACAGAACUUGGGAAUUUAUUUAAAUUAGAUUGACAUGGGUUGUCAAGGGUCUAAGCUCAUUCCUUGUUGCUUGGUUUCGGAAUAUAAGAGUUCGAUAAUUGAGGCGCCAGAUACCGUGGAUGAUUGUAGUGGUGAGGCAGGUGGUUUGCCUGUGUUCCGUGAGUUCACACUUGAACAAUUGAAAAAUGCUACAUCCGGUUUUGCGGUGGAAAACAUUGUCUCUGAACAUGGGGAAAAAGCUCCUAAUGUGGUUUAUAAAGGGAAGCUGGAUAAUCAAAAGAGGAUCGCUGUCAAGCGUUUUAACAGAUCAGCUUGGCCUGAUUCCCGCCAAUUCUUGGAAGAAGCAAAAUCUGUAGGAUUACUCCGAAACCCAAGGUUAGCAAAUUUGCUUGGAUGCUGUUGUGAAAAUGAUGAGAGGUUACUUGUAGCAGAAUAUAUGCCCAAUAACACCCUUGCCAAACACCUUUUUCACUGGGAGACACAACCAAUGAAGUGGCCAAUGCGAUUAAGGGUUGUUUUACAUCUUGCUGAAGCUCUUGAAUAUUGUACAAGUAAAGGCCGUGCCUUGUAUCAUGAUCUUAAUGCCUACAGAGUUCUGUUUGAUGAGGACGGUAAUCCUAGACUUUCAUGCUUCGGCCUUAUGAAAAAUAGUAGGGAUGGAAAAAGUUACAGUACGAAUCUGGCAUUUACCCCUCCAGAGUAUCUAAGAACUGGGAGAGUGACCCCAGAAAGUGUGAUUUAUAGUUUUGGGACACUUCUGCUAGAUCUUAUUAGUGGAAAACACAUUCCUCCUAGCCAUGCUCUUGAUCUGAUACGUGAUAGAAACCUUCAGAUGCUGACAGAUUCCUGCUUGGAAGGACAGUUUUCUAAUGAUGAUGGGACUGAGCUUGUACGCUUGGCUUCUCGCUGUUUGCAAUAUGAACCACGAGAACGACCAAAUUCAAAGUCAUUAGUGUCAGCCUUGACUCCUUUACAAAAGGAAACCGAGGUUCCUUCUUAUGUUUUAAUGGGUAUUGCAAGCACUGCUUCAUUCUUACCUCAAACGCCACUCGGUGAAGCUUGCUCAAGAAUGGACUUGACUGCUAUACACGAGAUUUUAGAAAAGAUUGCUUACAAAGACGAUGAGGGAGCGACAAAUGAGCUUUCAUUCCAAAUGUGGACCGAUCAGAUGCAAGAGUCAUUGGAGUCCAAGAAAAAGGGUGAUACUGCUUUCAGGCACAAGGACUUCCAAACAGCUAUCGAAUGCUACACACAGUUUGUCAAUUUUGGACCAGUGGUUUCUCCAACAGUAUUUGCUCGACGCAGUUUGUCUUAUCUCCUGUGCGACAUGCCACAAGAAGCACUAGGUGAUGCAAUGCAAGCGCAAGUUAUUUCUCCAGUUUGGCACAUUGCUUCUUAUCUACAAGCAGCCUCACUUUUUGCCCUUAAAAUGGAAACAGAAGCACAAGUAGCACUUAAGGAGGGUUCAGCACUUGAAGCUAAAAGAAAUGCAACCUCCGGACACUAAAUAGUAAAAUGCAGAUCUGUAAAUUUUCUCUUUCGAUCUUCAUUUUGUUUCUCUGAAGAACAAACAUCUGGACCCUGCCGAAGGGCAUACUCAAGCCUGAGUAGUAAAAAAACGACGAUAAGAAAAGAAAGAGAGUAUCUUGCUCAGUGUCUAUUAAAUACUCUGAUGUUACCAUGGUUUCUGUCUUUAUCAGAAACUUUUUGCAUCUAUAUUUGUUAGUUAUCAUACA